AUGGAAGAGCAAUUUAUUUUAAAUAAUUUUGAUAAAGAAAAUCCGAAUAAUUUAUUUUUAUUUAAUGAACAAUUAACUAAACAAAAUGAUUUUAAUGGUGGUCAUUGUUCUUUAAAAUUUUUACAAAUUUCUAUUUGGUUAGAAAAAUUCCUUUUGUUAAAAAUAAUUUUUAAAAAUAGGUUUGUGACAGUUUUGGAUAUUGUUUUAGCAAUUUUAGCAAUUAUUUUAAAUUCAUUAUUAAUUCCAUCUUCACUUAAUUCCAGGCCUAUACCUUUUCGGACAAGACGAUUUUUAUCAUCAAUUUCUCUCAAUUAUGCUCUCUUAGCUUCUAUUUUAUUAACUAAAAAAUGUUUUUGGUUAUACUUUUCUUUUGUCAAUCCAAAAGGUCAUUGUAUUCCAACAUUUACUUCUUCAACUUGUAAAUUACAAGAAUUUCCUUUAGUUUUUAUUUAUAUUUACUCAAUGAUUUUACCUUUAAUUUUUGCUUUACAAAUGGCCUUUAAAAGAUGGUUUAGAAAAAAUAAAGAAGAAGAAAAAAUUAUAAAUUUUAGUAAUCAAAGAAAAAUUAUUAUACAAAAUAGUAGUAGACAAUCUAGAAGAGUCAAAAAAUUAAUAAUUCAAAAUAACAACAAUAAUAAUAUAAUAGAAGAUUUUCGUCAUUCAAAUAUUUCCGAAACAGAAUUUAAAAAAUGGAAAAUAAUUAAAAAACAACAAAAAUAUUUUCCUUUUCCUUAUUGGCUAUGUUCAACAAAACAAAUUAUUUUAAUUGUUUUUUGUUGUGGAAUAACUUUGUUUUUUACUUCUUUUGAUAGAUGGGAUGAAAUUUCUUUAAAACAAAAAAGAAUGGCUAAUUGUUCAAUUACUUUGGCUAUUCGCCAAAAAGGAUUGGCUUUUGGAUUGCUUUCAUUAAUUCUAAUAUCUCAAUUAUUACAAUCUUUAGUUUGGUAUUUUAUUCCCCUCAAAACAAUUAAAAAUAAUAAAAAGUCUGUCAGUUAUCGACACUCUUCAAUUUUUGAUUUUUUGGUUUUUUCGUGUAGAGAUUUAUUUUUAAUAGAGGCAAUUUUGUGGUCGUUAGUAGCUUUAUUAACUGGAAUUGCUUUAUUUCAACAAUAUGUUUUGACUAGUCCUUGCAAUAAAUGUACUCAAUUAGCCGUCGAAUUCCCCUUUACAACCUUACCUUUAUUUAUUUCACUCUUACAUCCAAUACUUUCAUUAAUCCUUAUUGCUCCAAUUCGUUAUACAGCACAACGUUUCUUUCCAAUUUUUGCAAAAUUGCUUCCAACACAAGAACCGAUAACUCCACCAUUGCCUAGGCCUUUUCCUUCUGUUCGUAUUUUGGUUACUGAACAUUGA